GCCAUAAAAUGAACUAUUUAUGCUGAAAGGAGGACCUGCAGCUUCUAAAUACUUCUAGUUGCAUUUGUCGUAAGCCUACGGCUGGAUGUUAGCAAAUCACCAAAUAUCAUCUGUUUCUAAUAAACAAAGUUCAGAAUGUUUACACUGGUAAAAGACGCUGUCAGGCAUUGGGAGGUGCUGAAAUAUCUGUUUCUAUACACUUGACUGGCAAAUCUGACAGUGAUUGGCAUGCAUCCAUAGCAACCAAGCAACCAAUCCGCUAAGUCCAAUAGAAAAUUAGAAGAGAACUGAAUGCUUUUUCCACUUCAACAGCAUCUCAGUUUCAACUGCUUACCUUGCUACUUCAAGCUACUGAGUUCAUCUACGGCAUUUACAGACUUGUGGCAUACAUCCUACUCGCUUGGAUGUAACCAUUAAUUUGUUAAUUUUGGAUUGCCUUCUUAUUUGGGUACAGGAAAGAAACCUCCAUGUUUCAGCUGCCAAUCUUGAAUUUUAGCCCACAGCAGGUAGCUGGGGUAUGUGAGACCUUGGAGGAGAGUGGGGACAUAGAGCGUCUUGGUCGUUUUCUCUGGUCAUUGCCUGUAGCCCCAGCUGCCUGUGAAGCCCUAAACAAAAAUGAAUCGGUUCUUAGAGCUAGGGCAAUUGUGGCCUUUCAUACUGGGAACUUCAGGGAGCUCUAUCACAUCUUAGAGAACCAUAAAUUUACCAAGGAAUCUCACACCAAACUUCAAGCGCUCUGGCUGGAGGCACACUAUCAGGAGGCUGAAAAGUUAAGAGGACGACCUCUAGGACCAGUAGACAAGUACAGAGUAAGAAAGAAGUUUCCCUUACCAAGAACCAUUUGGGAUGGAGAACAGAAGACUCACUGCUUUAAAGAAAGAACAAGACAUUUGUUAAGGGAAUGGUACUUACAGGAUCCUUACCCUAAUCCAAGCAAAAAACGAGAACUUGCACUAGCUACUGGCCUUACCCCAACACAAGUAGGCAACUGGUUUAAAAACCGUAGACAAAGAGACAGAGCGGCUGCAGCAAAAAACAGGUUGCAGCAGCAGGUUUUAUCUCAAGGUUCCGUACGUGCAUUGAAUGAAGAAGAAAGUGCAGGAGAUCGACUGGGGGCUGUUUCUAGUCCUGCUGCCAGUUUGUCCAGUAAGGCAGCCACCUCUGCCAUUUCCAUUACAUCUAGUGACAGUGAAUGUGACAUUUGAUACAUCAGUUAAGACAAAGAGAAAACAAUAAAACAGACAAAAAAAUGCAUUCGAGCUUCAUAGUGUGCCUGAGUAAUCCCUUUUGGCUGCAUCAGAAGUCUAAGCUAUUGUUUUAUUGCUGCCAAAAUGUUGGAUAUUUAUAAUAAGGCAGCCCCAUGAUCAUAACAUUUCUCCACUUUGUGUGGAAGAUUUUGAUAAACUUUGAAAUUUUUUAUUGCCUUUAUUGAAAGGAUGUACUGAAAUGAUGCCUCGGAAAUAAGAAUGCCAAGUUGCAACAUUUUUGAGCAUCUAUCCUGUAUCUUUUGUGGGUAUUUCAUGUUGAAAAAUGCUGUUAUAUUUUUUGCUUUACUUUAAAGUUCAUAUAUAAUGUUUAUUGAGUUAUUUAAGGAACUGUUACUAGAAUUUUAUAUUCUGUUUUGCCUGUUGAUUUUUGUGCACAGGUAACUUGUAGAGCAUGUGCACGUAAUAGUGCUUUAAUUAUGUAUCAAACACCAUGGAAUAAACAGUUUGGUCAGCAAACAUAUACUAAAUGAGGGUCUAUUAGUUUGUCCAACUCAGUAUUUUAAUUCUAAAAGCAAAUUGUUUUUCAAAUAUCUAAUUGUAAUGUUACGUAUAAAUAUCAUUUCUAUUUACUACUUACAGACAGUGUUUACUGUUAAUGAAACUGAUGUUGUUUAUUGUAUAGACAAGAGUAACAAAGUAAAAUGUGUCAUAAUGCAUUAUAUCCUGUCUUGAUUUAUAAUGCUUAGAAUCUGCUUUAACUCUUGAAGCUGACUUAUAUGGAAACAACAUCUUAUAAUUAAUAACGAUAAAUAUGACUCAGUCACAUAAAUAAAAUGUUGGAUAUUGCUAACACAGACAUCUCUAACUAAAUAAACUAUAUAAGUAAACCCCAAUGACUUCAAGAUGAAUCUUCAGAUCCUGUUUAUAGCACUGAAAAUGCAUAUUCAGACAAAAAGGCUUUAAAAUAUAUGAAAAUGUUCUUUGUAAAAUAAUUCUCAAAUAUCCUUUUGGUCAUUAUCCAUCACCUUGCAGACGUAUUCUCCUUUAAACAUAAGUAACCAUAUCAGAAAAAAAGAAACACUAAUAAUAAAUAUAAUAACAUGCAGAAAGACUUCCACUUAAAACAUUUGUAAUAAUACAAGAGUCAUCCUGUGCUAAAGAAAAAAAAUUUUUUUUUAAUUUUUACUAUUGUUUUAAUGCUUCUAUGCUUUGAACUGAUGUAAUUAAAUUCAAAUGAAUCAUC